ACAUUAGUAAAAAUUCUAAAAUAUCAAUCAAGUUUUAAUAAUAUUUGUAAAUAAAAAUAAUCCAAAAUGAGGUUAAAAUCGAUGUUUUUAGAUAAGCUAUCAGAUAAGGUUGGAAUAAUUAAAAACCUCUCAAACAUUCAUAUUUCUUAUAAACAUAGCGAAAAACUAUUCGCUAUUUCUACUAAAAUCUGCACAGCACAUAGGAACCAACGACUAGCCCAAAGUACAAAUCUUACGAACGAUAACGUUGAGAUUGAAAGAAAUGUACUCAUAAAAAAAAUUAUAGAUAACUACAAUGAAAUUAUUACGCCAGAAAAUUUAACCCCUAAAAAUGUACUCGUGGAUUUUAGCUCACCAAAUAUAGCUAAGCCUUUUCAUGUGGGUCACCUGAGAUCGACGAUAAUAGGAAAUUUUAUAGCUAAUAUAAACAAACAUUUUCAAAACAAUGUUACCAAACUGAACUACUUGGGAGAUUGGGGCACCCAGUUUGGUCUACUACAGUAUGGUCUAAAGGCAAAGAACAUUGACAUAAACGAAAUCACAAGUAAUCCUAUCAGCAGCUUAUAUCAAAUUUAUGUUGAAGCUAAUGAAAUGUCACAAAAAGAUGAAAGUGUACACGAUCAAGCAAGGAAAUAUUUCACAGACAUCGAGAGGGGGGAAACAAGCUUAGAGAUCUGGGAAAAGAUUAGGCAGGUUACUGUUGCCGAGCUUGAAAAAAUGUACUCAAGAUUAGGAAUCAAAUUUGAUGUCUACCAUUGGGAGUCCGACUACAAUAGUAAACAUAUACAAGGUAUUAUAGAGAUGUUGGAAAAGAGAAAGAUCUGGUUUGUAGAUGAGACUGGCAGAAAAGUAGUAAAAGUAAGAGAUAAAAAUGUGACUGUACUUAAAAGUGACGGUUCUACACUGUAUAUAACAAGAGAUAUUGCUGCCCUACUGGAUAGAUACAAGAAAUUCAAUUAUGACAAACACAUUUAUGUCGUUGAUAAAGCGCAAACUGAUCACUUUAUUGCACUUUUUGAUAUUGUCAGUAAGAUAGACGAAAAGUCUGUAGCUGGCUGUGAGCAUAUUAAAUUUGGAAGAAUAAAGGGAAUGAGUACAAGAAAAGGAAAUGUAAUCUUCCUCAAUGAUGUUUUGGACGAAGCAAAACAUAAAAUGUGUGAAAAACAACUUCAGGCAAAAAAUACAAGGACAUCAGCAAUGAACGAAGAGACUUGGGAUGUAUUAGGCACAACUGCAGUUGUUAUCAAUGACUUGAAGCAGAGGAGACAAAACGAUUAUGAAUUUGAUUGGGAUAAAGCAUUGCAAAGUGAAGGGGACAGCGGCAUAAAACUACAGUAUCUUCACUGUAGGUUGUGGAGCUUGGAGAAUAAAUGUGGUGUGUCACCAGCAGACACCUGUGAACCCGAUUGCUUACCUGAGGAAAUUGUAGGCACUGUUGUAGCUGAACUGGUUAAGUUUCAAAGUGUCUUGCAUAGAGCAUACACUGAAAAUGAAGCUUGUAUUUUAGUCAACUACUUAUUUAGGCUGUCUAGACACGUCAAUAGAAUGUUUAAUGAACUUAAAGUCAAGGAUAUUGAUCCUUAUGUUGGAUCACAGCGUUUGCUUGUAUUUAAGACUGCAAGAGAGGUUUUAAAAACUAGUCUAGAGAUAUUAGGCGUAAAACCCUUGAAUGAAAUGUAAAAUAAAAAUAUUUUAUUUUAAGAAA